CGGACAAGCCACCGAUAGAAGGAUGCCUAGAGGCUCGGGAUCGUAAGUAGCGUUGUAUUUGCCAUAAUCCAAUUUACAGCAUUCAACCCAAGCCACUUCAGCAAUGAUCCGACCGGUGUCGAAUCUACAAAUGCAGCGUGUGGGGAAGCCUCAGCUUCAAUCGCCCAGCAAGCCUCUGAAACAAUCGACCACGACGACAUCGAAGUCACCGAUCAAGAAGCACCUCCAGAAUGCCUCCGCACAGCUUGAUCCUAUGCCAUCGUCUCCUCUUCAUGGCCCGCUGAAAGCCAAGCUUCGCGCUUCAGUCCUCCAGGCUGUCCUGAAAUUACUGGACCAGGACGUGAACGCUCUCACCGGAGCCCAUGAAAUUCUCCAAGCUGCUGCUGCUCUACCGUUGUCUGAGCCAAACGUGCAACGUGCAACCAUCCAAGCUCUCCGUGGCCUGCACGAGUCUAUCACGAUGCCAUUGUUCGGUUACGACUCGGAAUCUUCAAACUCGAACUGGGAAACACCAAUCCCACUGAGUCCUCGAAAGCAAACGAACACUCGAGCCAAUUCGCUGCACCACUGCAAGGAAUUUUUGCUCGCUUGUGCUAACGAGAUCCACGAGCUUGAAGAUAUUCGUCCAGUGCAUUUCGACUACCCUGAGGACUCCUCGUCGUCGUUGAAUUUUGCUCAAUCCUCAACGUCUUGCAAGCAUUGCGCUGCGGAUUUCGACUACGCGUCGACAGUACAGUCAUCUAUUGAAAGUGAUGCCAGUAGCGACGAUACUCGAGCCGAUCGGGGCUCACAGUUCUCGGACGUUCUUCACCGUGCCGAGUACAUGAGUACCGUUGACGAGAUGUCAAUAAGGGAUCGAGUGGUUUGCCGUAAGGUGCUGCGAGCACUGCUCGACCUCGUUAAAACUCAACGCCGUCGUUCGAGUGCACCCAAUUUGGCGCUUAAGUUCCGAGUCUUCGAGUCUCUCAAGUUGCAAGCGAGCCUCAAUCGUAAGAAACUCGCCUUUCAGCGUCUCAAGAACGGUAUCCAUUCACGUCACCAAUUCAAUCCGGCGGCAAUAGUCAAGACUCAAAGAUCUUUGGACUUCCAGAUGCUCAUGGUGCACCACUCGGACGUGCUGUUGCUUAUCCUGGCACUCGUGUUCCUAGCUAAUCUGCCUGCCAAGUACGUUAUGUAGUAACAUGCAGCUUUGCCAUCAGGUUUAAAACCAGUAAAAACUUCAUUUUAAACAUGAGGAUGACAG